GUUGCGUGUCGCCUCCCCGCGCCGGUCUCCCCGUCGGGGGUGACGCCGCAGCGGACUGCCCUUCCCCAAGAUGGCGUCGAAGAUGGGUUCUCGACGGUGGAUGCUGCAGCUGAUCAUGCAGCUGGGUUCGGUGUUGCUCACACGCUGCCCCUUCUGGGGCUGCUUCAGCCAGCUCAUGCUGUACGCUGAGAGGGCCGAAGCGCGCCGGAAGCCCGACAUCCCAGUACCCUACCUGUACUUCGACUUGGGGGCGGCCGUGCUGUGCGCCAGCUUCAUGUCCUUUGGGGUGAAGCGCCGCUGGUUCGCCCUGGGGGCCGCACUCCAGCUGGCCAUUAGCACCUACGCCGCCUACAUCGGGGGCUACGUUCACUACGGGGACUGGCUGAAGGUCCGUAUGUACUCGCGCACAGUUGCUAUCAUCGGCGGCUUUCUUGUGCUGGCCAGCGGCGCUGGGGAGCUGUACCGCCAGAAACCCCGCAGCCGCUCCCUCCAGUCCACCGGCCAGGUGUUCCUGGGCAUCUACCUCAUCUGCGUGGCCUACUCACUGCAGCACAGCAAGGAGGACCGGCUGGCAUAUCUGAACCAUCUCCCAGGAGGGGAGCUGAUGAUCCAGCUGUUCUUCGUUCUGUAUGGCGUCCUGGCCCUGGCCUUCCUGUCAGGCUACUACGUGACCCUGGCUGCCCAGAUCCUGGCUAUACUGCUGCCCCCGGUCAUGCUGCUCAUUGAUGGCAAUGUCGCCUACUGGCACAACACACGGCGCGUUGAGUUCUGGAACCAGAUGAAGCUCCUUGGAGAGAGCGUGGGCAUCUUCGGGGCUGCUGUCAUCCUGGCCACUGAUGGCUGAGUGGCAUGGCGAGGACUGAGAUGGGUGCAGGGGGUCACCCAGGGCCACCCUGCCUUCCUCCUUGCUGGCCCAGUUGUUUCUUUAUGCUUUCUGCUCUGUUGGUUUGGUUCUCUGCUGUGUGUAUGUGUUGGUAGGAGGCAGGUCUCUUCCCCGGUGUCUGGGCUCGGCCCUUGGGGGUGGUGGGAGGCCUCAUGAAGAUGCCUUCCAGGGUUUUUUCCCAUUUGUUAUUAGGGACCCAAGGCCAGCUGGUUCCUGGGUCUCCUGUUUCAGAGAAGGGAGUAAUAAGACAGGGCUUGGGUGGGGGUACAGAGGAAGGAAGACCAUGAACCAAAAGUGAGCAAAUGUGAAAAGUUCCUUUUUGAGCCUGACGAGUCAGCUAGGCUCUGCAGUGCUUUCUGGAGACUGGGAGUGAGUAUGUGUGUUGACAUGUGGAUUGGGCCAAAAGAAGCUGAGGGGCCAGGCACUACAGAAGUCAUGUGAGUUCUCAGGGCAUGCUGGGGGCCGAAACAGCUCUAGCCUGUUGCCCCAGCUUGAGAGCUGAGCAGGCCCCAGUCUGGGGUGUGCAGGGGUCUGGCAGGCAGCGGCUAACUCCCCGGCCUCCUGCAUUCUGUUUCUAGCACUAUGGUUGGCCUGGUUGGGGUGAGUGCCCUCCCAAACACCAGACCACACAGUCCUCCAAAAAUAAACAUUUUAUAGACA